AUGUUUCAGCUUCCGAUCAUAAACCGAAGCUCGAGAAAUCGAAAGCGCAGAAGAAUACGAUACCAAUAUAUCAAUACGCUUCAAAAGAGGUACGAUCAAAUUUACAAUGCUAAACCAGAAAAUCAAUCUUCUGUUGGGAUGCUCACUCCGGAAAAUAGUGAAAGCGAAUCAACUGAAUUAGAUAAGACUAGAAGAAGAAAGAAAAGAUUACAAAGUGUUUUAGGAAAUGCACUAGACUCUUCUGACGAAGAAAUGGGGGAAGAUGAUAAUAAUUUGGACGAAAUAAGCAAUCCCGAGAUGCAAUUCUUUGAAAACUAUACUAAGCCUGAAAGCACUUACGAAGUGUGGAACUUUGAUGCUAACAAACGAGCACCUAUAAACAAACAAAGGAUUAGUUAUAACACUGUGAAAAAGUUGGAGAAGGCGGCUGAUAAAGUCGUUACAAAAGGGUUGAACUAUCAGACAAAGAAAUCUAACAUGUACUUCCAGGCGUUAAAACACGGAUACGAUAUACACUCAAAACCGGAACUUAUGAGGCAAAAAUCGAUGCAUUUAGCACAUUUGAACCAACUUUUACAUAUCAACUUACUACGACAAAAUUGGAAUGUCGCAUAUCGGUGCUUCUCUUUACUCAUCAGAUUUGAAGAGGUUGACGUUAGAAGUUUAUGGGCAAUUGGAUCAGAGCUGUUGAAAGUGGUUCAAGGUCCAGAAAGUAACGAAUCAUACCUAGAAUGGUUUUCUCAGGUUUUUUCUUCUAGAAUGCAAUUUAAUCAGGGAACAAACUACAGUCUAGAUCCAGUUUUUAGAAGCGGAUCUAGAACUCACGCGCCAGUAUUUGUUCUUUCCUGGCUCUGGACAAGACUUUUUGAUGCAACUUCAAGUAAAAUCACAUCGGAUAAACAAGGUUCGUUACAAUCACUCAUUGAUAGAAUAGGCGAAAUGGUUUUAAGCCCUCCUUAUAUCGAAGAUGCAGAGGUGUGGUUUAUAUUCGGAUUGACCCAUCUAGUUAUGGCAAGUGAACUAUCAUAUGCUUUUAGACAAAAAGCCGAUACCAUUCUUGGAUCGAGGGCCGAUAUAGCAAGAAACAAUGUUAUCCAACACAUCAAUACCGCAAAAAACUGUUUACAAACCUGUAAAUCGAUUGGUAAAUAUAAAUUUCCGGAAAAAGAGAUAGAACAACAGUUACUUCAGCUAGAGAGAAGUUUGUAUUCGGAUGAUUUGAAUGAGGAUAGUUCCGAUGAUGAUAGUGGGAAUUACGCACAGGAUGAUGAGCAUGAUGAUAAUUCUGACGAUCAGAUGAUAUCAAAUGAGAAUUUUGGAUAUAGCGUAACAAACAAGGAGUUGUUGGAUACACAGACAUACCAAAUGGCCGAUUUUGGUUCUGAAUCUGAAUCUGAUGUCUUUGGAAAUGAAAGACCUAUUACUUUUGGUUAUGAAAGUGAUUGA